AUGCUCGUUCUUGCCGAAACAUCAGUCGGUUUUGUAGUCUUCAAGCUUAGCAAUGACGCCAAGAUUGACUCAAAAGAUCUAUGGAAGGAAUUUGAGACGCCUGAGGGAGCCAACAAAGCCCUCAAAGUGCAAGCCAUUCAACGAUUCACAUCUACCGCUACUGCCGUCGAAGAUCUCGCUGCUAUCCAGGAUGGUCGAUUGACCGAUUCCCUAUCCAAGUUCCUCGUAGAUGUAGCUGGUGGAUCUGGUGAGGCUGACGGAGAGAAAAAGAAGAAGAAGAAGAAGUUGGAAGAGAUGUUGGUUGUAUCCGAUCCUAAACUUGCUGGAACAAUCAAUAAAACACUCUCUAUCCCUGUACUUUCCGAUUCAUCCACCCAAGAUCUCUAUAGAGGUAUCAGACAACAACUCGCCUCCUUACUUGGUGGAGUCGACCAAAAAGAUCUCAACACAAUGUCUUUGGGUUUAGGUCACUCUUUAUCCCGAUUCAAGCUCAAAUUCUCAACUGAUAAAGUAGAUACUAUGGUUAUCCAAGCUAUUGCCUUAUUAGAUGAUUUGGACAAGGAAAUCAACAUAUACUCUAUGAGAGUCAAGGAAUGGUAUGGAUGGCAUUUCCCUGAGAUGGCCAAAAUCAUCGUCGAUAACCUCGCCUACGCUCGAGUUGUGAAAGCUAUGGGUUUCCGAACCAACGCAUCAUCCACCUCAUUCGAACUCAUCCUCCCAGAAGACCUCGAAGCCACUAUAAAAGCUGCCGCAGAACUCUCCAUGGGUACUGAAAUCUCCGACUCUGAUAUGGCUCAUAUCAACUCGUUAUGUGAUCAAGUCAUCUCCAUCACCGAAUACCGAACUCAGUUAUCUGAAUACCUCAGGAAUCGAAUGCAGGCGAUCGCACCCAACCUUACCGCCUUGGUCGGUGAAUUGGUGGGAGCAAGGUUGAUCUCUCAUGCAGGUUCGCUCAUGAACUUGGCCAAACACCCUGCAUCAACUGUUCAAAUUCUUGGUGCGGAGAAAGCUUUGUUCAGAGCUUUGAAGACGAAACAUGAUACUCCCAAGUACGGUUUGAUCUACCAUGCAUCGUUGAUUGGACAAGCCCCUCAAAAACUAAAGGGUAAAAUGGCUAGAAUGGUGGCUACCAAAGCAGCUCUAUCCAUCCGUGUGGAUGCUUUGUCAGAUGCGGAAUCUCGUUCGGAGGCUACUUCAGCAGAAGUUGGAAUAACGAAUAGGGUCAAACUUGAAUCUCGUCUAAGGGCAUUAGAACAUCAAGCUGGUAUUCAAUCUGUACGAAAAGUAACUUCAGGAGUUAACGGUAGAUCACAACCUAAAUUCGAACUUGGCAAUAAUGGAUCUGGAUCAUACAAUGCCAAUACGGAUAAUUUACCUUUGGACAGUGUCCAUGGAAUGUUACCUACUCAACCUCAAACUGCUGUUAAGAAGGCUGUGGAAGCUGUUUUGGAAGUGAAAGAAGAGAAGCGAGCGGAGAAGUCUGAUGACAAAGAGAGCAAGAAGGAUAAGAAGAAGAAGAGGAAGUCUGAAGCUGCCGUCGGGGAUGUUACGAUGGAUGAUGCGGAUGAAAGUAUGGUAGUUGGUGAGACCAAGGAGGAAAGAAAGGCAAGGAAAGAAGCUAAGAAAGCUGCCAAAGCAGCUAAGAAAGCUGCGGAGGAGAACGGGGACUCAGACAAGAAAUCCAAGAAGAGGAGAGCGGACGAAUCGGAAGUGGGAGAUGCGAGUGUAGUAGUAGAUGGUGAGAAGAAAAAGAAGAAGAAGAAGAGAGAUUCGGAAGCUGCUUAA